UGGUAGAUCUUGUGACCGAGUUGAAUCUACCUUUGGCUACUUUAGACAAAUUCACAAAGGCAUUCAAACUUAUGUUUAAAGAUGAUAUUGCUAAGGAUUUUCAAUGUGGACGCUCCAAAGGUACAGCAAUAGUUAAAGAAAUAGCAGCCAAAACAACACUUUCCUUGGCUGAACGUAUGAAAAUGUAUCCAUUUACAAUAUCUACUGAUGGAAGCAAUGAUUGUGGCAGCUGCAAAUUAUUCCCCAUUGUUGUUCGAACAGUUGAUCCAAACACCAAGCUAGUUAAUUUGCUGUCAAUACCUGUUUGCGAGGGCUCUGCACUGGUGAGAACAUUUUUAAUUUAUUACAUGCUGAAAUUUCAGCACAUAAUAUUCCAUGGACAAAUUGUCUAUCAUUUGGCGCAGAUAAUGCACCAGUGAUGGUAGGCAAAGACAAAGGUGUACUUGGGUAUAUAGCAAAGCAACACUCCAAUAUUUUUAUGUCAGGAUGUGCGUGCCAUCUUGUACACAUAGCUGCUGAAAAGGCUGCCUUUUGUCUUCCUCUCAGUAUAGACCAGCUGCUGAUAGAUGUCUAUUACUACCUUGACAAAAGUAGCAAAAGACAAGGAGCUUUUAAAGACAUGCAACUUUUGCAUGAAGUAAAGCAAAACAAGAUAUUGAAGCAUGUGUGUACAAGGUGGUUAAGCAUAAAAAAAUGCUUGCCACGAGUUCUGGAUAAUUGGGAGCCUCUUCUGGCAUUCUUCAAGAAUGAAGAAAAAUUAUCUACCUCUGCAUCGAAGGAACAGGCUUCAAACCUAAGAAAAAUUUUUUCUUCUCCCACUAAUAGGUUAAUUUGCCUUUUUUUGAAUGAUGCCCUGCAACCGUUUGAUGAGUUCAACACUUAUUUUCAAAGUGAGGAACCAAAGAUUCACUUGUUGCAAAGCAAGCUACAAAUACUUGUGAAAUCUUUGUUGAUCAGAUAUAUCAAGCCAUCUGCAUUGCUUGGGGUGAGAGUCACUGAAGUUGACAACCUUAACAAGUCCAACUUUAAAGACAAUACAGACCUACAUUUAGGACAAGCUGCUUCGGAUUUCAUUGAGAGGAAAAAUGAAGUACAUCUCAGAGAAGAAAAAAUAAACCUCUUCUAUGAUGGUGUCAAAGCAUUUUUUAAUGCUGCUGUGCAAUAUCUCAAAGUUAAGCUUCCCCUGAAUGAAGAGCUGCUUAGACAUAUGGAAGUUGUUGAUGUCUUUAAACAAACCUCUUCUUCAUCUGCAUCACUGGAUUAUUUUUUAAAAAGAUAUCCAGUACUGUUGCCAAAAAAUGUGAGUGCAUCUGAUUUAAAGCUUGAGUUUUCACUAUACCAAGCCACUGAUAUACAGUCUUGUAUGAAAGAAAGAUUAGAUGGCACAUGGGCUGCAAUUGGAAAAAUGAAUGACAAUGGUAAAAAUUUGUUCAAAAAUUUGGCUGAGGUUAUGCUAGCACUAUUGACAAUCCCUCACUCUUCUGCACAUUGUGAGAGAAUAUUUUCUCUUGUACGCAGAAAUAGAACGGAGUUUAGAAGUCGUCUAAAUAACGAAACUAUCGAGGCUCUCCUUAUUUGUAAAUCCAGGCCUGGAGAUGCAAUUAACCGAGUGUAUUCUGACAGUGAACUGGAAGACCUGAAGAGUGCUUACUACAAGUCACUCCAGGCUUCUCACUCUGGCAAGGACUAAUGUAUUUCAAAGCACUGUAAAUAUUGUAAAUAACUGUGUAUAUAAUAGUGUAUAUAUUGUAGAAGCACCUUAAUGGAAAGCUGAAUGUUUCAAGAAUGUUUUAAUGGAUAUUCCAAUUGAUAAAUCGUUAUAGGUAUGUAGUUUUAAUUACAAUAUAAAUAAGUAUAACUGAUUUAACAAUGCUUUCGCAGUUACUAUUUAUAAUAUUACACUAAAUUGUCUUUUUUUUCCGAUGACUUGCUUGUUCCACAUUGGGGUCCAAAGUUCCACAUUUUCAGCCUGAGUGUUCCACAUUCAGGGUCUUGGGGAUAGGCAUGUCUGUAGAUACCACAUGUAGAACUAUACUUUUAAUCUUAUUCUGUGAUUUUUUUUUGGUUUGUGCAUUCAAAGCUUUUGUUCAUUUAUUCUAGAUCUGUUUUUGUAUAUUGCACUUAGAUCUAGAUGGAAAUAAACUCAAAUUCAUUAUCUAAUUUACUAGUCUAGAUCUAGAAUAGACUAAGCCUACCAAAUAGGAUUAUUUAUAGAACUAUCUAUGGAGUAGAUUGGAUCUAUAUUUAAGAUAUUAACAACUAAUAAUA